AUGGAGAUUCCCAUGCUAGAUGUUUCUGCUGCCUUGGGCGAUGAUGACUAUCUGAAUUUGGCCGUGGUGAAUCUUUCCGAUUCCAAGUCAAUAGAGACUUCUUUGCCACUGAUAGAGGGCACAGUUCAGGUCUUUACAGUUGGUGGUAACGAGAAUAACAUCCGGGACAUAAACUCAUGGGUUUCUACAAAGAUCGUUAUCACAGAGUCAGAGUGGAACGAAUCUGGGCGAUUUGUUUUCCAGAAGCAUAGCUUUACUCUGCUAAGAUGGAAGGUAAGCCCCUCGCGGCCUCACUUGAACCUCGACCUCACAAAGGUCUCGAAGGAUAUUACGGCCGGAGUUGCCAAUUCCUUGCAUGCUAGAUGUGAAUAG